AUGGUUUCUCUACGCUCCGUACUGAUGCUUUUAGCAUUGGGUUCUCAUUACGCCAAUGCUAUUCUUCCUAUUGAAAUAAAAGGUAGGCGUUUCAUCAAAAACGUCCAGGUUCAUUCAGAUAGCGGUGUAAAGCUGGACAGCAAGGUUUAUUUUAUCAAGGGUGUUGACUACCAGCCAGGUGGAUCAUCUGGUUAUGAUCCACGUAGCGGCAAAGAUCUCUUGUCCGACAGAGAUAUUUGCGAACGUGAUGCCGCAGUCUUCCAGGCCCUGGGUAUCAACACAGUUAGAAUUUACUCUUUGAAUCCUGAUGUUAACCAUGAUGAGUGUAUGACUAUUUACAAUGGGGCUGGUAUAAGUUUCAUUUUGGAUGUUAACAGUGGCGAGCAGGGCGAAUCUCUAAACAGAGCUGACCCAUCUAGCACGUACAAUGAGCGCUACUUGACUCGUGUCUUUAAAUUUAUUGAAGCAUUCAAAGAAUAUACCAACGUUCUUGGUUUCUUUGCUGGUAAUGAGGUCAUUAACGACCAAGAAAACUCUGCCUGGGUAUCCCCACAGUAUAUUAGGGCUGUUCAGCGUGAUAUGAAGCAGUAUAUCGCCAAACAUGCCAGUAGACAAAUUCCUGUUGGGUAUUCUGCUGCAAACAUCGUUGAACUCAGAGGUCCAACAUUGGACUACUUACAGUGUAAUUCGAAGGACGGUAGCACUAUCGACAGUGAUUUGCAGGAGUCACGUUCGGACUUUUUGGGUUUGAACACGUACGAAUGGUGCUCUGGUAGCUCAGAUUGGAAAUCUUCUGGUUAUGAUAAAUUGAACGCUUCUGUAUCGGACGCCGUUAUACCUCUUCUUUUCUCUGAGGUCGGUUGCAUUCUACAUAUGCCAAGAAUUUUCGACGAGAUCUCGGAAGGUCUUUUUGGAGGACUUAUAAACACUUUCAACGGUGGACUUGUCUACGAGUACACCAAGGAGGCCAAUGGCUACGGGCUUGUUGAAGUUGACACCGAAGGUAAUGUAAAAUACCUACAGGACUUUGCAAACCUUCGGGAACAAUAUGAAAAGGUCACUCUCCCCGAUAUCAACAAGGACGAUGUUGCUGACACUAAAAUCUACAAGUGCGCAGACUCAGAAAUUUCUGCCGGGUAUUCCAACUUUGGAGUUAAAGACUUCGACGUUCCAGACCAGCCAGAUGAAAUUACCCAUCUAAUUGAAAACGGUGUUAAUCACAACAACAUUGGUAAGUUUGUUAACAUCACAUACAAUCAGAACCCAUCUAAAUACAAGGUCUACGAUCAGCAAGGAACUGAACUGAACUUGACUAUCUCGUACCCUCCACAAAACCUGAGAAACGCUAUCGUUGGCGGUAACAUUCCAGAGGUUGCAAGUACUACAUCAAGAGCCAGUUCUUCUUCAAAGAAUGAUGCUGCUGCCUAUGGGAACAAAGUUAGCAUUGGCAAUUCAUUUUUUGCUGUUAUUGCUUCCAUCUUACUAUCUUUUAUUUGA